CCUUCUUUGGUUGUUUUCAUAUUUACUUGCAGAAGGCAAAGUAUCCACACACAGUUGUGCUUUGCCUUGGACUUCGUACUUGAGACUUAGAGCUAUGAAGGAGAGUGGCAGGAAACAAGGUGCAGUUUCGCCAUGCGCCGCAUGCAAGCUUCUUCGCCGUAGAUGUGCUCAGGACUGUGUCUUUGCUCCUUACUUUCCGGCUGAUGAGCCACAUAAGUUUGCCAGUGUGCACAAGGUGUUUGGAGCAAGCAAUGUCAAUAAGAUGUUACAGGACUUGCCGGAGCACCAGCGCAGCGAUGCUGUGAGUUCCAUGGUGUACGAAGCAAACGCCAGGGUGCGUGACCCGGUUUAUGGCUGUGUUGGAGCCAUAUCGUCCCUGCAGCAACAGAUCGACGCCCUUCAAACACAAUUGGCACUGGUGCAGGCUGAAGUAGUGCAGAUGAGAAUGAACCAAUUCACAUCCUCAACCUCCAACCAAGCCACAGAUUCACCAGAAAACGCCUCACACACAUCCAGGCUUGCUGCAUCUCCUCAGACCAAGUCCUUUUUUUCCAUGGACAUGGUGGUAGAUCAUGCCAAUAUGGUGGAGUCCCUUUGGUCAUACUAGCUUAGCAUGCCUUCUCUUUUCCAUUAUUAUUACUAUGAUGGACUUUUCUCUUUAUUGUCUGCCUCUUUUUCACUUUCUUUUGUCUUCUUUUCCUUACAUACAUAUCUCUAUAGCACAUCUCUACUUGACCACGAGACGAUGAUGAUGAUGAUCAUUAACCAUAUUGUAAAUUUUUCUAAACAUAUAAUUAUGACUGGUUAUUUAUAUAGUUAAUGGAAGUGAGUUGACUA